UGGUAAGACUGGAGUCUGGAGGUCCACUCGGAGGAGACUCCCUCAAAAAUAGAGAUGUACCAUUGACCUUCAGCAUCCGUUACAAAAUUCGCAGAUAAGAAACGUGAGUCAGAGAGAGCGAAAAUGGACAGGGUAUUCUCCGUGGAUGACAUCGCCGACGAGUUCUGGUCGCCACCCCCACCGGUUCCUCUGUCCCGCGAGUCGGAGCUCGGACUAGGUUCCUCCUUGAAUUCCUCCGGCUCCCCACCCUCCUAUGGGAUGAUGAACAGCUGUUCCUCUGACUGGAAUUUCCACGGUUUUGUCCAGGAAGGCGCCGUCGUUGAUCAGAACUUUCCUCCGACACUUCCGAUUGGCCCCGCUGCCGCUUCUUCUUCUACAUCUACUUCUCAUUCGGUACAACUGCCCAGCAACGACUUUCUUGAGAUAAACCAGCGGAACCCCGCCUCCGGUGCUGCAGCUGCGGCGAAAGUAACAGAGACGGGUAAUAAGUGUGCAGAUACGACGGCGUCUCUCGUGCCGAUACCCGCGUCUAGUAUUCCUGUUGAUCCCGAGGCGCACCAGGCUUUCCUCAAAACCCGCCUUGAUUUAGCUUGUGCUGCCGUAGCUUUGACCCGUGCAAAUAACUUCAGGGCUCAAGAUUCAACUGCCAUGCUGCCCAGUAAGGGUUCAUCCGCAUCUAAUUCACUUGAACAAGGAUCACAGAUACCUCCUAAAGGAUCUGUGCAAAAUUUGCAAAUGGUGCAAGAGGAGGGUAGAGUGCCAAUUGGUAUACCCUCCUUGCCUGCAGUGCAGAAGAAAUUUGCUACACAGGCUCGGUCAAUAAGUAGUGGCUCAGAGCAGUCAGAUGAUGAUGAAGCGGAAGGAGAAGGCGAAGCUGAAACAACUCGGCACAGGGACCCAGCAGAUGUGAAACGUGUAAGGAGAAUGAUAUCCAACAGAGAAUCAGCCCGACGUUCUAGGAGAAGAAAGCAAGCCCAUCUGACAGAACUAGAUACACAGUCCAUCUCAUGGUUUACUCUAGGUAUCUCAGUUGAAAAUCGAAAACACAUCAUUAGUGGAGCGAUUGACAGAUGUGAGACGUAAAUACAAUGAGGCCGCGGUUGACAAUAGAGUCUUGAAAGCAGAUGUGGAGACAUUAAGAGCAAAGGUUAAGAUGGCAGAGCAAACAGUUAAAAGAGUAACUGGUUUGGAUCCACUAUUUCAAGCGAUUUCUGACAUGUCCAGAGUCGGCAUGCAAUCAUUUGCUAGCAGUCGUGCUGAACCAUCAAUUGAUGCUGGUGCUGCUCUACCACUUCGUAAUGAUCCCAGCCAUAACUAUUAUCAGAAUCCAUCAAAUGCACACAUUCAGCUCCAUGAUCAUUUAAUCCAGAACAGGUUGGCAGGCAUUCCACCAAUAGAUAAUGCGAGUCAUGGCCACACACCAGCAACUUCUGCAUCAAUGCAGCAGGUGUUUAGCUUGGAACAUGUACAAAAUCAUAUCCUGGAUAAGUAGGGUUGUUUGUGGAAACCUGCAUGCUCAGAGGGCGAGGUUGAAUUAAUUCUUUAAAAGUUCAAUUAAUGCUGUCUUAGAACUUUUCAACAUAUGCUGAAAAGAUACAUACUCUUGGUGUUGGUGUUGUAAUGUCUAUGUAGCCAUUAAGUGGUGCUAUUAUGGGCUAGUUGGUUUCAUAAUUUAAAGCAUUUUAUGAUGUAUUUUAUAUAAUGAGAUAAGAAUCAGUCAUAAAAUUUUCAGGUUAACUUUAACAAAAAUCUGAAAAAAGAAUCGAGUUACAGUUGCUGUAUCAAGCCGAGUUUAAUCAGCACGGCUGGCUUCAAUUUCAGUAUUGAGGAAUGUCUAUACUCAAAUUUGUCCAUCUCUAGAAUUCAUAAAUUGCUAACUGACUAAUUUC